CGAAGCUAGUCAUAAUGUAUAUGGCACGCUGAAAGAUGGGUGUGUUUUGGUCGAUAGUGCUGUUUUGGAGUCCUUUGCUUUGGCAGUUCUCAAGCCCUCUUCAAUAUGGUACGGGUAGACUUGAAAUGUUGGAGGAGAAAGUAUUCCGCGAGCUGCUCCAAGACUACGACAAGUCUGUGCGUCCGGCCACACUGGUCUCUCGGACAACAGUGGUUACACACGGACUCAGUAUAUUACGACUCGUUGACUUGAAAGGUAACACCAUGACUGUGGACGUAUGGGAAGACAUGGAGUGGAUUGACCCUCGCCUACGUUGGAACCCUGCUGAUCGUGAUGAUGUAGAUCGAGUUAACAUUGCCUCGAGUUUGCUCUGGGUACCCGACGUCGUCCUAUACAACAGUGCUGGGAGUUCUACUGACACCUACCCGUCCACGCCCCGACAAGCAUUCGUAUCACACGAUGGAACAGUGUAUACUAGUUCAGCAUCGCGACUCGUUGUGUUGUGCGGGACUGCUGACGGUUGCCCUCCAAUCGACCAACGUGGUAUUUUUAGUUGCAAUCUUAAAUUUGGAUCAUGGGGAUAUGACGGCUUCCGGUUAGAUCUACGUAAUAGAACGGAUGGCAUUGACCUCACUAACAUAUUCAUCCAAAGUAAAUGGAGAGUGACAAACUCGUCAGCUACCCGGAACGAAGUUUUCUACUCAUGCUGUCCAGAACCAUUCCCUGACGUUACAUAUACCAUACAACUCGCACCGAAAUAUAGACCGUGUGAGCUGUUGUGAUGUGUUGAAGUCAACUUCUUUUACAACGCUAAAUUACUUUAAAGUGAACAUUUCUUUUUCAAAUGGUAAUAAAUGCAUUCUUAUUGAGA